AUGAUUAUCUUCACUAUAAUCGGACUCGUUAUUGGCGUGCCGCUCUGCAUCUUCUACCGCAACAGCCAGGCCGCGAAGAGAAAGCUCUUCGCGUGCUGCUGUCCGCAGAGAUUGGAAGAACUGGCGGAGGAGGAAGAGGCGAAGAGAAAGGCGAAAAUCGCGGAGCCGAGGCCGUGGGAGCUGCAGCAGCCGGGGAUGAAAUUCUCUCUAAAGAGCAGCGGCAGGGGGGAGGAGGAGGAGGAUUGGGAGGAUAGCGACUGGGUGCGGUCGGAAGACGAGGACGAGGAGUGUGGGAGCAAGAGGGGCAGCAGCCGGGGAGCAAAGCCUCCGGUCGCGCGGGGAGGCGGAGUGCCCCGGGCUGUAUCCGCUGCUUCCUCCGCCUCUGGUGGUUCCGCCAGGGAGCCUGCUGCUGGGGCGCGUGGGAAUGGUGGUGGCGCUGGCAGUGUCUCUGUGGAGGCGGCAGCAACAGGGAGAGGGGCUAUGGGCGGGCAAGGUGUGCCCAGAGCAGUGUCUGCAGAAGCAGCCAUGCACACAGGAGGGGACAGUCUGAGAAUGCUGCCAGGGGCGGUAGGGGUGGGAGGAGCAGGAGGAGCAGGUGGUACUGGGGUGGGUGGGGCUGGGGUGGGCGGUUUUGGUGCAGGAGGCGCAGCAGUGAGAGCGGAUGGGCUGACUCGGGCCGGUCCCAGAAGCACCGUGCGUUUCAUGAGCAGUGAUGGGCGAGGCGAGGGGGAGCACUAUGGCAGGAGACGGGAUGAGAAUGAGGAGGAGGAGGAGGAGGAGGAGGAUAUGGGCAGGGGUGUGGAGUAUGAAUAUGAUGACAUUGACAUGGACUCGCCUGGGGGGCAUGGUGGUGCGUAUGCAUCAUACAACCAUGGCAGGAGCAGCAGCGCUGCUGCCAUUCGCCAACCCCCCCGCCACAUGCCGGCACCCACACGCGACUAUGAUGACGAGGAUUCCGACCCGGAUGACGUGGAGGAGUACACUCCUGUGAGGGGGGCACGUCAGCAGGGGAUGUCCGGGCGGUAUGAGUAUGAGUAUGACUCGGGACCAGGGAGUGGGAGAGGGUUGGGAAGCGGAAGGAGGGCAGGGAGUGGGAGGGAAGCAGGACGGUUUGAUGGGAGGGAGGAGGCACGCAGACCACUGCACUCGGCACGGGGCAAGCUCACCCACGUGGUGAUGUGGAUGGAAGGCAAGCUCACCCACGUGGUGAUGUGGAUGGAAGGCAAGCUCACCCACGUGGUGAUGUGGAUGGAAGGCAAGCUCACCCACGUGGUGAUGUGGAUGGAAGGCAAGCUCACCCACGUGGUGAUGUGGAUGGAAGGCAAGCUCACCCACGUGGUGAUGUGGAUGGAAGGCAAGCUCACCCACGUGGUGAUGUGGAUGGAAGGCAAGCUCACCCACGUGGUGAUGUGGAUGGAAGGCAAGCUCACCCACGUGGUGAUGUGGAUGGAAGGCAAGCUCACCCACGUGGUGAUGUGGAUGGAAGGCAAGCUCACCCACGUGGUGAUGUGGAUGGAAGGCAAGCUCACCCACGUGGUGAUGUGGAUGGAAGGCAAGCUCACCCACGUGGUGAUGUGGAUGGAAGGCAAGCUCACCCACGUGGUGAUGUGGAUGGAAGGCAAGCUCACCCACGUGGUGAUGUGGAUGGAAGGCAAGCUCACCCACGUGGUGAUGUGGAUGGAAGGCAAGCUCACCCACGUGGUGAUGUGGCUGAGGCAAGACUCAUCCUCUGGGCUCACCCAGGUGGUGAUGUGGAUGGAAGGCAAGCUCACCCACGUGGUGAUGUGGAUGGAAGGCAAGCUCACCCACGUGGUGAUGUGGAUGGAAGGCAAGCUCACCCACGUGGUGAUGUGGAUGGAAGGCAAGCUCACCCACGUGGUGAUGUGGAUGGAAGGCAAGCUCACCCACGUGGUGAUGUGGAUGGAAGGCAAGCUCACCCACGUGGUGAUGUGGAUGGAAGGCAAGCUCACCCACGUGGUGAUGUGGAUGGAAGGCAAGCUCACCCACGUGGUGAUGUGGAUGGAAGGCAAGCUCACCCACGUGGUGAUGUGGAUGGAAGGCAAGCUCACCCACGUGGUGAUGUGGAUGGAAGGCAAGCUCACCCACGUGGUGAUGUGGAUGGAAGGCAAGCUCACCCACGUGGUGAUGUGGAUGGAAGGCAAGCUCACCCACGUGGUGAUGUGGAUGGAAGGCAAGCUCACCCACGUGGUGAUGUGGAUGGAAGGCAAGCUCACCCACGUGGUGAUGUGGAUGGAAGGCAAGCUCACCCACGUGGUGAUGUGGAUGGAAGGCAAGCUCACCCACGUGGUGAUGUGGAUGGAAGGCAAGCUCACCCACGUGGUGAUGUGGAUGGAAGGCAAGCUCACCCACGUGGUGAUGUGGAUGGAAGGCAAGCUCACCCACGUGGUGAUGUGGAUGGAAGGCAAGCUCACCCACGUGGUGAUGUGGAUGGAAGGCAAGCUCACCCACGUGGUGAUGUGGAUGGAAGGCAAGCUCACCCACGUGGUGAUGUGGAUGGAAGGCAAGCUCACCCACGUGGUGAUGUGGAUGGAAGGCAAGCUCACCCACGUGGUGAUGUGGAUGGAAGGCAAGCUCACCCACGUGGUGAUGUGGAUGGAAGGCAAGCUCACCCACGUGGUGAUGUGGAUGGAAGGCAAGCUCACCCACGUGGUGAUGUGGAUGGAAGGCAAGCUCACCCACGUGGUGAUGUGGAUGGAAGGCAAGCUCACCCACGUGGUGAUGUGGAUGGAAGGCAAGCUCACCCACGUGGUGAUGUGGAUGGAAGGCAAGCUCACCCACGUGGUGAUGUGGAUGGAAGGCAAGCUCACCCACGUGGUGAUGUGGAUGGAAGGCAAGCUCACCCACGUGGUGAUGUGGCUGAGGCAAGACUCAUCCUCUGGGCUCACCCAGGUGGUGAUGUGGAUGGAAGGCAAGCUCACCCACGUGGUGAUGUGGAUGGAAGGCAAGCUCACCCACGUGGUGAUGUGGAUGGAAGGCAAGCUCACCCACGUGGUGAUGUGGAUGGAAGGCAAGCUCACCCACGUGGUGAUGUGGAUGGAAGGCAAGCUCACCCACGUGGUGAUGUGGAUGGAAGGCAAGCUCACCCACGUGGUGAUGUGGAUGGAAGGCAAGCUCACCCACGUGGUGAUGUGGAUGGAAGGCAAGCUCACCCACGUGGUGAUGUGGAUGGAAGGCAAGCUCACCCACGUGGUGAUGUGGAUGGAAGGCAAGCUCACCCACGUGGUGAUGUGGAUGGAAGGCAAGCUCACCCACGUGGUGAUGUGGAUGGAAGGCAAGCUCACCCACGUGGUGAUGUGGAUGGAAGGCAAGCUCACCCACGUGGUGAUGUGGAUGGAAGGCAAGCUCACCCACGUGGUGAUGUGGAUGGAAGGCAAGCUCACCCACGUGGUGAUGUGGAUGGAAGGCAAGCUCACCCACGUGGUGAUGUGGAUGGAAGGCAAGCUCACCCACGUGGUGAUGUGGAUGGAAGGCAAGCUCACCCACGUGGUGAUGUGGAUGGAAGGCAAGCUCACCCACGUGGUGAUGUGGAUGGAAGGCAAGCUCACCCACGUGGUGAUGUGGAUGGAAGGCAAGCUCACCCACGUGGUGAUGUGGAUGGAAGGCAAGCUCACCCACGUGGUGAUGUGGAUGGAAGACAGGCUCACCCACGUGGUGAUGUGGAUGGAAGGCAAGCUCACCCACGUGGUGAUGUGGAUGGAAGGCAAGCUCACCCACGUGGUGAUGUGGAUGGAAGGCAAGCUCACCCACGUGGUGAUGUGGAUGGAAGGCAAGCUCACCCACGUGGUGAUGUGGAUGGAAGGCAAGCUCACCCACGUGGUGAUGUGGAUGGAAGGCAAGCUCACCCACGUGGUGAUGUGGAUGGAAGGCAAGCUCACCCACGUGGUGAUGUGGAUGGAAGGCAAGCUCACCCACGUGGUGAUGUGGAUGGAAGGCAAGCUCACCCACGUGGUGAUGUGGAUGGAAGGCAAGCUCACCCACGUGGUGAUGUGGAUGGAAGGCAAGCUCACCCACGUGGUGAUGUGGAUGGAAGGCAAGCUCACCCACGUGGUGAUGUGGAUGGAAGGCAAGCUCACCCACGUGGUGAUGUGGAUGGAAGGCAAGCUCACCCACGUGGUGAUGUGGAUGGAAGGCAAGCUCACCCACGUGGUGAUGUGGAUGGAAGGCAAGCUCACCCACGUGGUGAUGUGGAUGGAAGGCAAGCUCACCCACGUGGUGAUGUGGAUGGAAGGCAAGCUCACCCACGUGGUGAUGUGGCUGAGGCAAGACUCAUCCUCUGGGCUCACCCAGGUGGUGAUGUGGAUGGAAGGCAAGCUCACCCACGUGGUGAUGUGGAUGGAAGGCAAGCUCACCCACGUGGUGAUGUGGAUGGAAGGCAAGCUCACCCACGUGGUGAUGUGGAUGGAAGGCAAGCUCACCCACGUGGUGAUGUGGAUGGAAGGCAAGCUCACCCACGUGGUGAUGUGGAUGGAAGGCAAGCUCACCCACGUGGUGAUGUGGAUGGAAGGCAAGCUCACCCACGUGGUGAUGUGGAUGGAAGGCAAGCUCACCCACGUGGUGAUGUGGAUGGAAGGCAAGCUCACCCACGUGGUGAUGUGGAUGGAAGGCAAGCUCACCCACGUGGUGAUGUGGAUGGAAGGCAAGCUCACCCACGUGGUGAUGUGGAUGGAAGGCAAGCUCACCCACGUGGUGAUGUGGAUGGAAGGCAAGCUCACCCACGUGGUGAUGUGGCUGAGGCAAGACUCAUCCUCUGGGCUCACCCAGGUGGUGAUGUGGAUGGAAGGCAAGCUCACCCACGUGGUGAUGUGGAUGGAAGGCAAGCUCACCCACGUGGUGAUGUGGAUGGAAGGCAAGCUCACCCACGUGGUGAUGUGGAUGGAAGGCAAGCUCACCCACGUGGUGAUGUGGAUGGAAGGCAAGCUCACCCACGUGGUGAUGUGGAUGGAAGGCAAGCUCACCCACGUGGUGAUGUGGAUGGAAGGCAAGCUCACCCACGUGGUGAUGUGGAUGGAAGGCAAGCUCACCCACGUGGUGAUGUGGAUGGAAGGCAAGCUCACCCACGUGGUGAUGUGGAUGGAAGGCAAGCUCACCCACGUGGUGAUGUGGAUGGAAGGCAAGCUCACCCACGUGGUGAUGUGGAUGGAAGGCAAGCUCACCCACGUGGUGAUGUGGAUGGAAGGCAAGCUCACCCACAUGGUGUUGUGGAUGGAAGGCAAGCUCACCCACGUGGUGAUGUGGAUGGAAGGCAAGCUCACCCACGUGGUGAUGUGGAUGGAAGGCAAGCUCACCCACGUGGUGAUGUGGAUGGAAGGCAAGCUCACCCACGUGGUGAUGUGGAUGGAAGGCAAGCUCACCCACGUGGUGAUGUGGAUGGAAGGCAAGCUCACCCACGUGGUGAUGUGGAUGGAAGGCAAGCUCACCCACGUGGUGAUGUGGAUGGAAGGCAAGCUCACCCACGUGGUGAUGUGGAUGGAAGGCAAGCUCACCCACGUGGUGAUGUGGAUGGAAGGCAAGCUCACCCACGUGGUGAUGUGGAUGGAAGGCAAGCUCACCCACGUGGUGAUGUGGAUGGAAGGCAAGCUCACCCACGUGGUGAUGUGGAUGGAAGGCAAGCUCACCCACGUGGUGAUGUGGAUGGAAGACAGGCUCACCCACGUGGUGAUGUGGAUGGAAGGCAAGCUCACCCACGUGGUGAUGUGGAUGGAAGGCAAGCUCACCCACGUGGUGAUGUGGAUGGAAGGCAAGCUCACCCACGUGGUGAUGUGGAUGGAAGGCAAGCUCACCCACGUGGUGAUGUGGAUGGAAGGCAAGCUCACCCACGUGGUGAUGUGGAUGGAAGGCAAGCUCACCCACGUGGUGAUGUGGAUGGAAGGCAAGCUCACCCACGUGGUGAUGUGGAUGGAAGGCAAGCUCACCCACGUGGUGAUGUGGAUGGAAGGCAAGCUCACCCACGUGGUGAUGUGGAUGGAAGGCAAGCUCACCCACGUGGUGAUGUGGAUGGAAGGCAAGCUCACCCACGUGGUGAUGUGGAUGGAAGGCAAGCUCACCCACGUGGUGAUGUGGAUGGAAGGCAAGCUCACCCACGUGGUGAUGUGGAUGGAAGGCAAGCUCACCCACGUGGUGAUGUGGAUGGAAGGCAAGCUCACCCACGUGGUGAUGUGGAUGGAAGGCAAGCUCACCCACGUGGUGAUGUGGAUGGAAGGCAAGCUCACCCACGUGGUGAUGUGGAUGGAAGGCAAGCUCACCCACGUGGUGAUGUGGAUGGAAGGCAAGCUCACCCACGUGGUGAUGUGGAUGGAAGGCAAGCUCACCCACGUGGUGAUGUGGAUGGAAGGCAAGCUCACCCACGUGGUGAUGUGGAUGGAAGGCAAGCUCACCCACGUGGUGAUGUGGCUGAGGCAAGACUCAUCCUCUGGGCUCACCCAGGUGGUGAUGUGGAUGGAAGGCAAGCUCACCCACGUGGUGAUGUGGAUGGAAGGCAAGCUCACCCACGUGGUGAUGUGGAUGGAAGGCAAGCUCACCCACGUGGUGAUGUGGAUGGAAGGCAAGCUCACCCACGUGGUGAUGUGGAUGGAAGGCAAGCUCACCCACGUGGUGAUGUGGAUGGAAGGCAAGCUCACCCACGUGGUGAUGUGGAUGGAAGGCAAGCUCACCCACGUGGUGAUGUGGAUGGAAGGCAAGCUCACCCACGUGGUGAUGUGGAUGGAAGGCAAGCUCACCCACGUGGUGAUGUGGAUGGAAGGCAAGCUCACCCACGUGGUGAUGUGGAUGGAAGGCAAGCUCACCCACGUGGUGAUGUGGAUGGAAGGCAAGCUCACCCACGUGGUGAUGUGGAUGGAAGGCAAGCUCACCCACGUGGUGAUGUGGAUGGAAGGCAAGCUCACCCACGUGGUGAUGUGGAUGGAAGGCAAGCUCACCCACGUGGUGAUGUGGAUGGAAGGCAAGCUCACCCACGUGGUGAUGUGGCUGAGGCAAGACUCAUCCUCUGGGCUCACCCAGGUGGUGAUGUGGAUGGAAGGCAAGCUCACCCACGUGGUGAUGUGGAUGGAAGGCAAGCUCACCCACGUGGUGAUGUGGAUGGAAGGCAAGCUCACCCACGUGGUGAUGUGGAUGGAAGGCAAGCUCACCCACGUGGUGAUGUGGAUGGAAGGCAAGCUCACCCACGUGGUGAUGUGGAUGGAAGGCAAGCUCACCCACGUGGUGAUGUGGAUGGAAGGCAAGCUCACCCACGUGGUGAUGUGGAUGGAAGGCAAGCUCACCCACGUGGUGAUGUGGAUGGAAGGCAAGCUCACCCACGUGGUGAUGUGGAUGGAAGGCAAGCUCACCCACGUGGUGAUGUGGAUGGAAGGCAAGCUCACCCACGUGGUGAUGUGGAUGGAAGGCAAGCUCACCCACGUGGUGAUGUGGCUGAGGCAAGACUCAUCCUCUGGGCUCACCCAGGUGGUGAUGUGGAUGGAAGGCAAGCUCACCCACGUGGUGAUGUGGAUGGAAGGCAAGCUCACCCACGUGGUGAUGUGGAUGGAAGGCAAGCUCACCCACGUGGUGAUGUGGAUGGAAGGCAAGCUCACCCACGUGGUGAUGUGGAUGGAAGGCAAGCUCACCCACGUGGUGAUGUGGAUGGAAGGCAAGCUCACCCACGUGGUGAUGUGGAUGGAAGGCAAGCUCACCCACGUGGUGAUGUGGAUGGAAGGCAAGCUCACCCACGUGGUGAUGUGGAUGGAAGGCAAGCUCACCCACGUGGUGAUGUGGAUGGAAGGCAAGCUCACCCACGUGGUGAUGUGGAUGGAAGGCAAGCUCACCCACGUGGUGAUGUGGAUGGAAGGCAAGCUCACCCACGUGGUGAUGUGGAUGGAAGGCAAGCUCACCCACGUGGUGAUGUGGAUGGAAGGCAAGCUCACCCACGUGGUGAUGUGGAUGGAAGGCAAGCUCACCCACGUGGUGAUGUGGAUGGAAGGCAAGCUCACCCACGUGGUGAUGUGGAUGGAAGGCAAGCUCACCCACGUGGUGAUGUGGAUGGAAGGCAAGCUCACCCACGUGGUGAUGUGGAUGGAAGGCAAGCUCACCCACGUGGUGAUGUGGAUGGAAGGCAAGCUCACCCACGUGGUGAUGUGGAUGGAAGGCAAGCUCACCCACGUGGUGAUGUGGAUGGAAGGCAAGCUCACCCACGUGGUGAUGUGGAUGGAAGGCAAGCUCACCCACGUGGUGAUGUGGAUGGAAGGCAAGCUCACCCACGUGGUGAUGUGGAUGGAAGGCAAGCUCACCCACGUGGUGAUGUGGAUGGAAGGCAAGCUCACCCACGUGGUGAUGUGGAUGGAAGGCAAGCUCACCCACGUGGUGAUGUGGAUGGAAGGCAAGCUCACCCACGUGGUGAUGUGGAUGGAAGGCAAGCUCACCCACGUGGUGAUGUGGAUGGAAGGCAAGCUCACCCACGUGGUGAUGUGGAUGGAAGGCAAGCUCACCCACGUGGUGAUGUGGAUGGAAGGCAAGCUCACCCACGUGGUGAUGUGGAUGGAAGGCAAGCUCACCCACGUGGUGAUGUGGAUGGAAGGCAAGCUCACCCACGUGGUGAUGUGGAUGGAAGGCAAGCUCACCCACGUGGUGAUGUGGAUGGAAGGCAAGCUCACCCACGUGGUGAUGUGGAUGGAAGGCAAGCUCACCCACGUGGUGAUGUGGAUGGAAGGCAAGCUCACCCACGUGGUGAUGUGGAUGGAAGGCAAGCUCACCCACGUGGUGAUGUGGAUGGAAGGCAAGCUCACCCACGUGGUGAUGUGGAUGGAAGGCAAGCUCACCCACGUGGUGAUGUGGAUGGAAGGCAAGCUCACCCACGUGGUGAUGUGGAUGGAAGGCAAGCUCACCCACGUGGUGAUGUGGAUGGAAGGCAAGCUCACCCACGUGGUGAUGUGGAUGGAAGGCAAGCUCACCCACGUGGUGAUGUGGAUGGAAGGCAAGCUCACCCACGUGGUGAUGUGGAUGGAAGGCAAGCUCACCCACGUGGUGAUGUGGAUGGAAGGCAAGCUCACCCACGUGGUGAUGUGGAUGGAAGGCAAGCUCACCCACGUGGUGAUGUGGAUGGAAGGCAAGCUCACCCACGUGGUGAUGUGGAUGGAAGGCAAGCUCACCCACGUGGUGAUGUGGAUGGAAGGCAAGCUCACCCACGUGGUGAUGUGGAUGGAAGGCAAGCUCACCCACGUGGUGAUGUGGAUGGAAGGCAAGCUCACCCACGUGGUGAUGUGGAUGGAAGGCAAGCUCACCCACGUGGUGAUGUGGAUGGAAGGCAAGCUCACCCACGUGGUGAUGUGGAUGGAAGGCAAGCUCACCCACGUGGUGAUGUGGAUGGAAGGCAAGCUCACCCACGUGGUGAUGUGGAUGGAAGGCAAGCUCACCCACGUGGUGAUGUGGAUGGAAGGCAAGCUCACCCACGUGGUGAUGUGGAUGGAAGGCAAGCUCACCCACGUGGUGAUGUGGAUGGAAGGCAAGCUCACCCACGUGGUGAUGUGGAUGGAAGGCAAGCUCACCCACGUGGUGAUGUGGAUGGAAGGCAAGCUCACCCACGUGGUGAUGUGGAUGGAAGGCAAGCUCACCCACGUGGUGAUGUGGAUGGAAGGCAAGCUCACCCACGUGGUGAUGUGGAUGGAAGGCAAGCUCACCCACGUGGUGAUGUGGAUGGAAGGCAAGCUCACGGUGAUGUGGAUGGAAGGCAGGCUCACCCACGUGGUGAUGUGGAUGGAAGGCAAGCUCACCCACGUGGUGAUGUGGAUGGAAGGCAAGCUCACCCACGUGGUGAUGUGGAUGGAAGGCAAGCUCACCCACGUGGUGAUGUGGAUGGAAGGCAAGCUCACCCACGUGGUGAUGUGGAUGGAAGGCAAGCUCACCCACGUGGUGAUGUGGAUGGAAGGCAAGCUCACCCACGUGGUGAUGUGGAUGGAAGGCAAGCUCACCCACGUGGUGAUGUGGAUGGAAGGCAAGCUCACCCACGUGGUGAUGUGGAUGGAAGGCAAGCUCACCCACGUGGUGAUGUGGAUGGAAGGCAAGCUCACCCACGUGGUGAUGUGGAUGGAAGGCAAGCUCACCCACGUGGUGAUGUGGCUGAGGCAAGACUCAUCCUCUGGGCUCACCCAGGUGGUGAUGUGGAUGGAAGGCAAGCUCACCCACGUGGUGAUGUGGAUGGAAGGCAAGCUCACCCACGUGGUGAUGUGGAUGGAAGGCAAGCUCACCCACGUGGUGAUGUGGAUGGAAGGCAAGCUCACCCACGUGGUGAUGUGGAUGGAAGGCAAGCUCACCCACGUGGUGAUGUGGAUGGAAGGCAAGCUCACCCACGUGGUGAUGUGGAUGGAAGGCAAGCUCACCCACGUGGUGAUGUGGAUGGAAGGCAAGCUCACCCACGUGGUGAUGUGGAUGGAAGGCAAGCUCACCCACGUGGUGAUGUGGAUGGAAGGCAAGCUCACCCACGUGGUGAUGUGGAUGGAAGGCAAGCUCACCCACGUGGUGAUGUGGAUGGAAGGCAAGCUCACCCACGUGGUGAUGUGGAUGGAAGGCAAGCUCACCCACGUGGUGAUGUGGAUGGAAGGCAAGCUCACCCACGUGGUGAUGUGGAUGGAAGGCAAGCUCACCCACGUGGUGAUGUGGAUGGAAGGCAAGCUCACCCACGUGGUGAUGUGGAUGGAAGGCAAGCUCACCCACGUGGUGAUGUGGAUGGAAGGCAAGCUCACCCACGUGGUGAUGUGGCUGAGGCAAGACUCAUCCUCUGGGUCCCUAUGUCUGCAACAAUCUACUUUCAAGGUGUCUUAA